UAAACUUGCCGGAAAACCAAAGCACUCAGUCGCGCCGACAGGCCUCGCGAAUGGCGAGAUGCGGGUGAGAGCAAGUUAUGGUCCCGAGGGAGCAUAUUGUCUUUCGACCAACCAUGGUGCCUCUGCACUUUCUCUCGCUCUCCAGCGCUUUCCCCAGCCAUCAUCCUGUGUCCCAAUAUCGUCAAUCACCCCUCCUCUCUCUCUCUCUCUCUCUCUCUCUACACUUCUAUCCAAAGGCCUGGCCCCCCUCUCUCUCUAGGCACUUCAAAGCUCUGCACAAACUCUAGAGAUCACUAUCCAUUUUCAAAACAUAUAUGCAGGGAUUUUAGGGCUUCUAAUCGGUAUUUUUAUGCUGUGGAGAAAUGAGUUUGAGUUCAGUUUGGCGGAGAAUCCGACUCUUCUCUCCUUUUGUUCCUCCUCUGCGCUUUUGUUCUUAUUCCUCCUCUUCUCUGGUUAAUGAUCUGAAGGAUGAAGGUGACUGGUUCUACUCGUCUGAAUGGUGGCCAACCAUGGGUGGUCAAACUGUUUUUCAAUCAACUUCAUACAAGGGCAAUGGAAUCGUUACGGUCGCUGCUUAUCCAUCUUCAAGACCGGCUGCAAUCCACUGGCCAGCAAUGGAGAGAUGGCUUCAGCAAAGGUAUGAAAAGGUCCACGGAAGUUGUGGCGAUUGCUAUGAGCAAUUUAGGAUAUUGGGUUAUCAAUGGCGUAUACUUCGAUUUAAUGAUACAACUCGACAAAGCACAGUAAAAGUUAUGGCUGCUUACAGGAAAUCGAAUCCAGAGUCUUUGUACAUAAUGCAGCAACCUCAUUGUUUGGCCGUUCCAUAUGUGAAGAGUAUGGUUUCAGUUGGGCUGGCAUCCCUAGCCUGUAGCCGCUAUGAUUUAAAGAGUGCUGUUCACGGGAAGAAAACCAUGCAGAUCCUAUGCAUCGGCCAUGGUGGUGGAAGCCUACCGUUGUUCUUGGCGAGCAAAAUUCAAGGGGCAGUUGUCCAUUCAGUCGAAAUCGACCCAGUGGUGAUCUCAGCCUCUAUCCAAGCAAUGGGUUUUCCAGUUACAUCAAAACCUGAUGCAAUUGACCAUCAGACUCGUCCCGACACUGUGGAUCAAGCCAUGUGGGAUGGCAUCCAUGAGAGACUCACUCUUUAUGAAGCAGAUGCAGAGGAGUUCAUUCAAAACUCUCCGACUUCUCUCUAUGACAUGGUCUUCAUCGAUGCCUAUGAUGGCGAUGACAUUUUCCCUCGCAAGCUUUGGGAUCCAGACGGGUUGUUCCUCAAGACCUUAGAAACUCAUUUAAAUCCUCAUCAUGGAACUGUGAUAGUGAAUCUCCAUGCCGAUACUGAUGCAUUAUCAGACAGCAAUUCUUCAUUGUCAGAUCCUCUUUUGCCUAUGGGCAGGCAUGUCAAGCGUGUGUGUCGAGCUUAUAAGGAGGUCUUGGGUAGAGAGAGAGGGGGUUUGGAAGAGAGAGAAAGUAGGAGCGUGGGUUUUGCUGUCUCAGUUCCUUGGCUUCAGAACAUCUCUCUUGUUGUCUGUAGAGGUUUUAGUUAUGGCUUGGCAAGGGCUGGUAGGGGUCAUUCAGAAUGGCACUUCAAGAGGGAUUGGAUAUUAGGUACUCUCAUAGCUAAGUCCCAAGUGGUGGAGAGGUUGCUCAAGUUGCCUUUUCCAUGUUUGCAAUAUAUCAAGAAAGGAUUUGUUUUAAUUGAUUGAGUAUAGCCAUUCAGAAUGGACGAUUGGAUAAGGGGAAGUAUAUAAGUUUUAUGCUAGAAGGGAAGCAUAGGAAGCUUGUCUUUUACACAAUAGGCACCAUGUUUUGUGCAUCAUGUUUUACACAAUAGGCACCAUGUUUUGUGCACCAUGUUUUGUGCACCAUGUUUUACACAAUAGGCACCAUGUUUUGUGCACCAUGUUUUGUGCACCAUGUUUUACACAAUAGGCACCAUGUUUUGUGCGCCAUGUUUUGUGCACCAUGUUUUACACAAUAGGCACCAUGUUUUGUGCUCAACCUUUGUUACUCUAGUGGUCGGAAAAUACCAUGAUGUUGGAAGUCCUAAGCUCUCUCUCUUUAUCUUUUUCUCUCUCUUGCUUGCCUGCGUGCACACUCAGGAGGUCGGCCUUCC